AAAAAAAACAGUAUGCAUGAAGACGAGAGCUGUAAAUUUGCAGCAUGUACAUUCUUUGCCAAAAAUCAUCCGGGAGAGUCGUGUGGUAGCAAUGGGUUACCUUUAACACCUAGUUCUAUUACAAUACUGGGUAGAUCUCAGCGACUACUAACAAUUGAACAUACCAACUUGUGUACAUAUCUCGAUAUUAUAAGAGGCAAACAUGAAAGAAUCAUUGUAGUUGCAGAAGUGAUUGGGAAGUCUUUAGCUGAAUAUUCAUCUAAGUUUUCAUAUGAAGAGAUAAUAAAUAUAUCACUGCAAGUAACAAAUGCAAUGAUGUUCCUUCACAAGCAAGAAAUAACCCACAGGACAUUGUCUGAUGAUAAUAUUUUAUUGGAUAGUAGUGGUCGAGUGAAAUUGUUUAACUAUGGAAUGUAUUACAUGACAAAUGAAGGAAAUGAAGUACCAUUCCCACUAGGAUUACCAAGAUAUCUCAGUCCUGAGACUAUUUUGAAUGGUGGUGGACCAGCAGCCGAUGUCUGGACUUUUGGUAUUAUCCUUUUAGAACUAUGCAUAGGAAAAUUAUGGAAAAAUAUAAAGCCAGGUCCUACACUGAGAAGAAUACUAACUCUGGUUCAUGCCAAUAAUCCUGCGGAAAGGAUAGCCCGGGAACAUGACUGUCUUGAAGCCUAUAAGGAAAUACCAGAAACAGUAAGAAAUUUGAUAGAGAAAUGUCUUAAAAUAUAUCCCAGCGAAAGAGCAACAUUUGAAGAAUUAAUUGAAGACCUGUCAAAAAUUAAUAGCAAAACACUAGAAGAUAUAAAGCAACCUCGUGGCCUUAUGGGGUGUAAGUUACAGUACUUGUAUUACUGGUGGCAGCUCACAGGGGGGGAUAUACAAGCUGAACUGAAAAAGAAUGGACUCAUAAAAAAUAGUCCACCAAUAUUAUCUAUGCCUAUAGCUAUUCUUCUAGAUGGUGGUACAAUAGGAGGAAAGACGGGGGCUCUUUUUGAUCGACGAAUUGCCAAGUACAGUUUAGAUUUACUCAAGAAUCGCCUAAGUCACAUUCCCCCUCAGGACUUCUACCCAUUGAUGCACGAGAGGAGAAAGGACUAUGAUGCUGUCGCCUUACCUAAGAUAAUUAGAGAAAGAGACACUGAAUAUCAGUUUUAUAGAUUGCUCUGGUUUCAAAGGCUAUUACAUGGUUAUCCAUAUACAACUCAAUAUAUAAGAACUGAAGCAGAAAUAGAUAUCCCGCCUCUAGAGAGGGGGGACGUAUGGGCGGCUCUGCUGGGUGUGGUGGGGGAUAUUGAGGACCAAUACGAGAGAAUAGACAAGGAAACACCUACACCCACAGACAGACAGAUCGAUGUAGAUAUACCUCGGUGUCACCAAUACUGCUGGUUGCUUUGCGGUUCGGCUGGUCAUAGGACAUUGAAAAGGUUGCUUAAAGCUUGGCUGUUAACCAACCCACAAUACGUAUACUGGCAAGGAUUGGAUUCGUUGACAGCUCCCUUUUUAUAUUUAAACUUUUGUAAUGAAGCCCGAGCAUUUGCCUGUUUAUCAGCUUUCGUACCAAAGUUUCUCCACAAAUUCUUCUUGAAAGACAAUAGCGCUGUGAUCAAGGAGUACUUGGCAAAGUUCUGGCAAAUGACAGCGUUCCACGAGCCAGAGUUGGCAACGCAUUUACACGAUAUCAACUUCGUGCCGGAGCUCUUCGCUAUACCUUGGUUCUUGACUAUGUUUUCACACGUAUUCCCAUUACAUAAAAUCGUCCAUUUAUGGGACGCCCUUCUGGUGGAAGGACCUUCAUUGCCUCUGUUUAUGGGUGUUGGAAUUCUGAGGCAGUUGAGAGACACGUUGCUGGAUUCAGGGUUCAAUGAAUGCAUUCUUUUGUUCUCCGAUCUGCCUGAAAUCGAUAUCGGAGAGUGUGUUAAGGAAUCGAUUGACAUGUGUCGUAUUUCACCAAGAAGCAUAAGUUAUAGAAGAUUCACAAAUGAACCAGAAAUGAAGGAUCCCAUGGAUAUAGUCGAAGUUCCAUUGGAUGUGCUGUUGUCUGAAACAUGCUCUCGUAUAAGUCUCGCCGAUUUCUUCUCAUUGACAUGCCAAGAUAAAUGUUGUGUAGUUGACAUAAGAUCGAAUUUGCUAUACGAAAAGAGUUGUAUAGAGGGUAGUAUAAACGUGCCCUACAGCGGGGUACACCUUGGACAGCACGAGCUCAAGUCUCUCGGAGCUCAUCCGAACAAGGUGCUGACCGAAGCUAUCCGACAGAAGAAGAUUAUCGUUGUUGCUUCAGCGGAGGACGAGACAGCUCAAUUAUUCAGCGACUACCUCGUGAAGUGCGGAGUGUCGCGCGUGUGCGUGCUGCACGGCGGCGUGUCUGCGCUGCACACGCACGUGCCCUCCCUGUUCGGCGUGCCUAAGAAGACCGCUCAUAAGUAAACUCGCGAAACGAAUAAACGAUU